CGGCGCCCGCCCCCCAGAGCGCCGCGCCUUCUUUCGCUCCUCCCGCGCGCCCUGCCCACGGCGCUGCGCUCGGGGCGCCGCUCCGUCCGCCCCCGUCGGCGGCCGCGGGGCGCGGGGCCCACGCGCGACCGCGGAAAGCAGUGCAGGCGCCCGGUUGGCGACGGUCCGAGCCGCGAGUCUCUCUGCGUCCUCCUCCCGCGCCCGGCUGGAGCCGCCUGGGGACUAUGGUGUUGGACCAGGAGGACGGUGUGCCGAUGCUCUCCGUCCAACCUAAAGGGAAGCAGAAGGGCUGUGCAGGCUGCAACCGCAAGAUCAAGGACAGGUACCUGCUGAAGGCGCUGGACAAGUACUGGCAUGAGGACUGCCUCAAGUGUGCCUGCUGUGACUGCCGCCUGGGCGAGGUGGGCUCCACGCUCUACACCAAGGCCAACCUCAUCUUGUGCAGGCGUGACUACCUGAGGCUUUUUGGCACCACAGGAAACUGCGCUGCCUGCAGCAAGCUGAUCCCAGCUUUCGAGAUGGUGAUGCGAGCCCGAGACAAUGUGUAUCACCUUGACUGCUUCGCCUGCCAGCUCUGCAAUCAGAGAUUUUGCGUGGGAGACAAAUUCUUUCUGAAGAACAACAUGAUCUUGUGUCAGAUGGACUAUGAGGAGGGGCAGCUCAAUGGCACCUUUGAAUCCCAGGUUCAGUAACGCCCUGCAUCUGGCCUCCAGGUCCAUCUGUCCGUCCGCCCGCCUGACCACCUGCCUGGCAGGCUGGCCAGCCACUCUGCCUGCGCGGGCUGGCCAGCCGCUGUCCUACAAGUUAGAACGUCAUCGUCAAUGGGAAGGUGGCUUUUCUCCAUCACCACCACCCAUCUCUGUGGGCCCUCCUGGGGCCAGGCUUGGCCUGUACAGUCUGUCUUAUGUAUAUAAAUGGGAACAUUUAUUUUAUGAGAAAUGUAAUGCGAUUUUAUUACUGGCGUGGAUUAAACUUAUGAAUGUUUCC